CACAAAUCUAUUACCAUGUCAAACCACAGAAAUGAAACAGUUCCUCUGACAACUCUCAGAUGAAGUGGUCUACGAGCAGUUUGUAGGUCACUUGGAUAUCGUUUAGGUGCUUGUUAAAGAAGUCAUAACAACAACAACAUGUUUGGUAAAAAGAAGAGAGGACCGCUGCCCAAAGGCCAGGGCGCUGCUGCAGCCAAACAGAUGGGUCUGUUUGUUGACAUGGACCCUGGGGAGAUGAUGAUGGGUAUGGAUGAGAAUCUGGACGACCCGGAUUUGGAGGCUGAACUUGCUGCUAUAACUGGAAAUAAAGCUGCUGCUGGGGGGAGAGCCAAGCAAAAAGGAAGGACUCCCCUGCCCAUGGAGGAUAUUGCAAAAAUGGCUGAUGAAUGUAUGAGAGAUGUGGACGAAGAUGAAGAUGAUGCUGAUGUGGAAGAUGAUGAAGCUCUUUUGGCAGAGCUACAGGAAGUGGUGGGUGAAGGGGAAGUCGAAGAUGCUGAAACUCCUUCCUCCACAUCCUCUGUCACUGCUGAAUCUCCUCAAGCUGUUACACCAAAUUCUCCUCUACCACAGCAGCAAGAAGAAAAGGUCCCCUCAGCGGCCCCUGGCAGCCUCCAGCACACUCUGGAGGAGAGGAUAACCAUGUACAAGACCGCCUUACAAAAUGCCAAGACUGCAGGGGAGACCUCAAAAGCCAGGAGAUAUGAUCGAGGCCUGAAGAAUUUGCAGUCAAUGUUGGCCAGCGUGAAAAAAGGAAAACCUGUGAAUGAGGCAGAAAUCCCUCCUCCUGUUGCUACUGGUGCCCCCAGUGCUCCAGCUCGGCCUGCGGCUCCCCAGCGACCUCCUCCACCUGUACCUACACCUCCUGAGCCCACUGCCCACUCACCCUCCGGUGAGUUGGAGGUGACCACACCACCUACUGAUGUUCCAGAGAUUGUAGAGCCUGGCAGUGAGGAGAAGUCAUCUUCUGCCACCCCAGUCACUUUGAGCACCCCACCCUCUCCAGAGGAGCAGAUGGAGGAAACUGCCAACCUGCCCAAAGCCACUCAAACAGAUGCAACCAAUGCAAUCAAGACAAUGCUUUUGGAGAGGCAGAAGGAAUACAAGAUAGCAGCUUUGAGAGCCAAAAAGCAAGGAGAUGUGGAGCAAGCAAAGCUGUACUUCAGGACUAGCAAGAGGUUCGAUGCAGUGAUUGAGGCGUUGGAGAAAGGACAGGCUGUUGACCUGAGUGGCCUUCCUCCAUCUCCUGUGCAGAGUACUGGAGGAACCUCUGUUCCAGCAAAGGAAACUUCCCCAGGGCAAAACACAGAAGCCACUCAACCAGUUAAAGCAGCACCAACUACAGCCCCUGCUGCCCCAUCAGCCCCUGCUGCUCCAAAAGAUGUGCUGGAGGCUCUGGAGCAGAGACGAGCCAAGUACGUGGAGGCAUCUGCUCAGGCCAAAGCCAGCGGAGACGACCGAAAGGCCCGCAUGCAUGACCGCAUAGCCAAGCAAUACCAGAGUGCUAUCCGAGCUCACAAAGCAGGAAAAGCAGUCAACUUUGACGAGCUCCCUGUUCCCCCUGGGUUUCCUCCAAUCCCAGGCCACAACACGACUGGAGCUGAGCAUGGACUUGUUGCUGCUCUGGAGGCAGCCAAUAAGCUUGCUUCAACUGAUGAAGCAGAAGAUGAAGGUGAUGAUGAGGAGAAAGAAGAGGAGUCAAAGCCUGUUGUUGAAGAAGAGCCAAAGAAGCCCACAUUAGAUGUCCUCGCAGCAGGUCCCCCAAGAAAAAGGACUCCAUCUCCUUCACCUGACCGUACAGUCACACGGGAAGGACUCUCACCUACAGCCAUUCAGCAGCUGGAGUUUUUGGAGGGCCGGAAGAAGCAGUACCUGAAGGCAGCUCUGCAGGCGAAGCAGAAGAACGACAUGGAACAGGCCAAGACUUUGUUCCGCACGGCGAAGGGCUUUGACCCCAUGAUCGAGGCAGCACGCAGUGGCAAAUCUGUGGACAUCAGCAAGGUGCCGUCGCCCCCUGGUGACGAAGAUGACGACUUCAUCCUGGUGCACCACAGUGACGUGCAGAUCUCUGAGAAAGCAGAACACCUCUACACACAGCUCGCCAAGAUCCUCAAAGAGCAAUAUGAGAAAUGCAUGACUCACUCCAAGCAAUUCAUGCACCUGGGGAAUGUCACAGAGACAACAAAGUUUGAAAAGAUGGCAGAAAGCUGUAAGAAGAGUCUGGAAGUGCUGAAGUUAUGUCAGGGGAGGGGACUGCCUCCUCCCAAACACCACUUCGAGGAGAGAUCAUUUCACACAGUCAGGAUAUUCCCAGAGCUGAGCAGCACAGAGAUGGUGGUUACUAUUGUGAAGGGGAUGAAUCUCCCUGCUCCUAGUGGAAUCCAAACAAAUGAUCUGGAUGCUUAUGUCAAAUUUGAUUUCCCUUACCCCAGUACGGAACAAGCACAGAAACACAAAACAACUGUCAUCAAGAACACUAACUCCCCAGAAUACAACCAGAGCUUUACCCUGUCAAUCAACCGCAACCACCGAGGUUUCAGGAGGGUGGUGACAUCCAAAGGCCUUAAACUGGAGCUGCUGCACAAAGGUGGUUUCUUGCGGAGUGACAAACCCAUUGGAACGUCCCUGGUGAAGCUGGAAAACCUGGAGACACAAAGUGAAAUCAGGGAGAUCGUAGAGGUGAUGGACGGUCGUAAACACACCGGGGGUCGUGUUGAGGUGAAGGUGCGGCUGCGGGAGCCUCUGAGUGGACAGGACCUGCAGACGAGCACAGAGCGCUGGCUGGUCAUCGACCCAUCGCAGGUUCUUCUUUAGAUGAUCCUGCAAGACUUAAAGACAGACAUAAAGAUUAAAGACACUCAAUCAGAAAUACUCAGAGGACAGAGUUUUGGACGUGAGGACUACAUGUGGUUCGGAUUGCUGUCUCAUUCAGACCUACAUGGGUCUCGGACUUCUUUAAACUUUUUGCACAAUGCAAGACAUGAGAGCUCCCUUCCACAGGGCAGCGUGGUCCACCAGGAAGAGCAGGAGGAGCCACUGAGUGGGUUUUUCCGUACAGUAGGUAGGUCCUUUGCUUUAAGACUCUUCUGUCUUUCUGAGAAGCUGCUGUGGUCGACUGUAGAUGCCAGCUGAUGGAGAGUUCACUGCUGCCACCUGUAAGGAAGAGUCCCCCCCUCCCCCCCGAUGGUGGUUCAAGGUUGUGAUGCAUACGGAAAUUCCUCAGGCGACGAGACGACAGUUCUGUGUGACGUUUCAAUCAGAGAACUCUACUCAGGCACAGUCGCCACUGAGGGUUUUCCCUGUGCAUCACUCAUCCAUGUCCUGGCAGGAAGGGGAUCGGCGUCGCGCCAACAUGAUCCUGCUGCCUGACGUGACAUUACUGAACAGGAUAUCAAAGAAUGUGUACAUAAUCCUCAUCCAGCUCUGGUAUCUAGAACUGCAUCUAUGCACUAAUACCAAAGUAAUCACUGUUGCUGUAAAAUCCUGCAUAUUUGAAUCGCCUUUAGCUGCCAACACUGACACAAGAAUCUAAUAUAUGAGAGGGUAAAAGGACUGUUUUUAUCACUUUUCCACACAAUUCAUCAGGGUGAGACUAGUGGUUCCUGGAUGCAUUUUACACUUACUUUUAAAGGAGUUUGCCAAGAAAUGAUUCACGGAGGUAACAGGAAAGGUACGAUCGUGUCGCACUUAAAUCUCAUUAUUUUAAUGACUAGACUGUUUUUGGCACCUUUCAUGUUCCUUAUGUCCUCAAGCUGUGGUCACUAAACUGCACAUAGAGUUCUUUUUCUUGUUCUUAUUAUUCAUGGCUUUAGGCAUCUUUAGCAGAUUUAUACCCAUGUCAUUUGUUUACACUGAGGGGCACCAACUCGUGCAUGUCAAGUUUAGGUCUUGUUUUACUGCAAGUACAAAAGAGAGUAGAAGAGUUUCAGUUUAUAAAACAAAGUACUGAUUUCACCCACUGACAAAUAAAUAUCAUCAGUUAAGUAAAUGUUUUGACUGGUUCUACUUUUAAAAGUAUCCUCUCCAGAGAAAAACUAAAAAAAAACUAUGCUUCAGUUUUCUCACGAGAUGCUGUUAGUUCAUCCAGUUAUUCAGAACAAUUUCAUUUAUUGAUGGUGAAAUUUAUAAAGAUAUAACUAUAAAAACAUCCAAUAUAAAUUUUUAAAAAAUGCAAAAUUCACUUUGAUAUUGAUUAAAAAAUUUAAGUGCAGAAGUCUCGCUUCAAAAAAUGUUUUUUCUAAAUAUUUCAGCACUCAACAUUACUUUUUUUUUUUUUUUAACAGUAGAGGAAGGCAGUGAACUGACCCAAUAAAAGGUCACCUGAAGCAUUAAAUGCUCCAUGGAUAGAAAAGCCAUAAGAAAUGCACUGAGCCAAGUACCCGAAGCCCUACAGGUUUACCUCAACACAUCUAGUUACGAGUCAUUACCAUGGUCACCGCAUUUCCACGUCUUUUUCCCGUUUUUAUUAAGUCAGACAUUGUUAAACAUGAAAACUAUCUGUUCUCUUAUUUCCUGUUUUAGUGUUUUCAUCUGUGUUUACAAAGAUUAAAGAUGUCCUGUGUAUUUUCCCGAUGCCAACUAAUUAGAAACUAAAUCAAAGCCUCAUGUUAAUUUUGGACUGACUUUGUUGCUGUAUCAUUAAAAGCAUCU